AUGGCCUCACCCCAAGUCCCCCGGAAAGCCUUGGGGGACACCAGGAAAGGUUCAGGAGAGACUAGGACGGGUUCAGAAGACACUAGGACCGGGGAGACUAGGGAGGAUUCUAAAGAUAGCAGAAUAAUUAUUGAUGAGAUUAGGAAAGACACAAAAGAGGUCCAGAAGAGCUCUGGCAAGGCCAAGAAGAGUUAUGUUAAGGUCAAGAAGAAGAGGAGGAAGAAACCUUGGCGGAAGGGGUCUCUUGAGCCCAAGAUGUUGGAUAUUGUUGAGGACAGUUGGCAGAAGGACUCUUUUGAGGCCAUGAAGUUGGAUUUUGCCGAAUACAAUUGGAUUUCGAUAGAUAACAGAGUUUCGGCAGACAGCAAGAGGAGUUCGGUCGAUAGCAAGAGGGAUUCAGUCGAUAGCAAGAGGGGGUCGAUAGAUAGCAGAAAGUUUUCCGUCGAUAGCAAAAGGGGUCCAGUCGAUAGCAAGAGGGAUUCAGUCGAUAGCAAGAGGGAUUCAGUCGAUAGCAAGAGGGAUUCAGUCGAUAGCAAGAGGAGUUCGAUCGAUAGCAAAAGGAGUUCAGUUGAUAGUUGGAAAAGCUCUGGCGGGACUUCGCUGGAUUUCAGUGAAGACAGGAGGAGUUCUGGCGAGGAUAGACACAUUUCUAGUCUCGCCAGGGUGCGACACAGUAGGGUGCCAUGGGCCACCCUGAUGAGAGCACUGGGUCGUUUCAAGCUGUACCUCCCACAUAUCCGUCGGUAUUAUAAUCUGUCCUCCCGUGACCCCCUGGCCUUAGACAAGGAUUUUCUUCUGCCACGUGAGAAGCACCUCAAGGCAACAGUGCAGAAGUCCUGGGGCAACCAGCAGCCUCUCUCUAAGAUCCCGUAUAAAACUCUGACUGGGCAUGACCAAGCCGUGAGUUCCUGCCACUUUUGUAUGGACGACACAAGGUUGCUCAGUAGUUCUUAUGACUGCACUGUGAAACUGUGGGAUGCUGAAGAUGGAACUGUGAUUUGUGACUUUGAACCACGACCCAAAGCUCCUGUUUUAGAAUGCAGUAUCACAGCUGACAACAGAAGGAUCGUGGCAUCAUCUUAUGAUAAAACGGUGAGGGCUUGGGACGUUGAGACAGGUCAGCUUCUGUGGAAAGUCAGGCACGACACCUUCAUAGUGUGCUGCAAAUUCUCUCCCAACGGGAAAUACGUGCUGUCAGCCUUGGAUGUGAAUCGUGGGAUCUACCUAAUGGAUUCAGAAAACAUCACCUCCGUGAUCCAUAUGAAAGCUCAACACCAAAGGUCCAUCACUUCAUGCUGCUUUGACCCCGACAGCCAGAAGGUGGCUUCUGUCUCCAUGGACAGGUGUAUCAAGAUCUGGGACAUCACAUCCCGAGCCACGCUGUUUACCAUACACGAGGCACAUAACAACGCCAUCUCAGACUGCUGCUUCACCUUUAGUGGACACUUCUUGUGUACCAGCUCCUGGGACAAAAACAUAAAAAUCUGGAAUGUCCACACGGGGGAGUUUCGAAACCGCGGAGCCUGUGUGACUCUGAUGAAGGGCCAUGAGGGCUGUGUGAGUUCCUGCUGCAUUGCCAGAGACAGCUCUUUUCUCAUUUCUGGUGGAUUUGACAAGACCGUGGCUAUUUGGGAUGUAGGAGGUGGCUACCGGAAGUUGUCAUUGAAGGGCCACGAGGACUGGGUGACGGAUGUUGCUAUUAGCAACGACAAGAAGUGGAUCCUCUCGGCUUCAAAGGACAACUCCAUGAGACUAUGGAAUAUUGAAGAAAUCGACAAAAUUCCUUUGGUUUCUGAGAACAAAAGGACCAUGGGCUUAAAGGUCAGGCAGUGCAGGAAUUGUGACCAGUUUUUCUCCGCCUUAGAGAGUGACGUUUAUUCUCAACUCUCCAACACGUGUCUGUUCUGCCGGAGAGAAGAGAAGAGCUUAUCAUCUAGUUCUUCGUCGUUGUCAUUAUCGUCACUGGAGAAGUUCUGCAACUGA